AUGUGGUCGAUUCAAGACCCGAAAGACCCGUGGGCAUGGAGGAAUACGUGGACUGGAGAGAUUCGGAACAGUUAUGAUGAUUUAUGGAUCGUGAUUCCAAUCAUAGUUUUGGUUACCGUAUUCGCAAUGCUUUUCCUUAUUCCGAUUCUUAUUCAUCGCUAUUGUCCGCAUUGUUUUCCGGGAAGGGUGUGGUGUCGUUGGUUUGAGAGUCUACUCUUUGUACUCGGACAGAUCAGUCGGGAAAAAGAGGAGAAACGAAUCGAAAGGAAAAGACCAACGAGAGCUCAUCCGAGAGCCCACUCAGCACCGAAUUUCCAUGAUCAUGUUGAAUACGGUGUUCCACACUCAAUCCCGAUCAAAACUGAGUCACCGCCACAAUAUCAAAGAUUUGCGGACAGCUCUUCGGAGGGAUCGAUAAAAUCGAUUCGAUUAGAGGAGGAUUUCGGGGAUGACGUCUCGAUUUUGGACGGUGAUGCGGAGAAAAACUGGCGGAUUACGAUAUUUAAGUUCGCAUUGGGUUUAAUCUUCAUCGGCGCGUGCACAGCGGCGAUCAUUUACUCAAUUAAUAAAUCGGAAAUGGUGAAAACGUCAAAACAUACCGAGAAUCACACACUCGGAUUUUUGCCGGUCGAUUUAAAUCAAAUGGGAAACGGAACGCUGAGUGUUUACAUCAGAGAUCGGAUGAACGAUACGAUAAAACCAACCUUCUCAGUGCCUAUUCGAUGGAUUCAAGAAGCUGAUAAUAAACGAUUGAUGUACAGAGUGGGUGAAGCUGGGCAUCCAAACGCGUACACUCUCUAUGCCGAGGCUGAUGUCGGCUACAAUGAGACUGCGACGGGAUGCGCGAAAGUAGCCGGGUUAACCUAUGAUUCGUUUAUGGAUCAAUUGGGCUUUCGAUUUGUUCAAUUGCGAUGGUCAGAGCAAGUGAAGAAUAGCGCAAGUGAAGAAUAUGAGGAUGUAUUCGUUUACGAGGGAGAACCGAAUCCAACUGCUCUUUACUAUGGAGAGAAACCGGGUCUCAUUCGAGCCUACACACCAACAAGCCAAAAUUUUGUCAUGGGUUUCGAGUUGUUCUUCCUCUCCAAAUCGAGUCUAUUCAAAGUUGAGCACUGGAUUCCGCACAUGACACACAACACAGAAAGUGUUCUCGAUUUCAUUCCCAACUCUUGUUCGACGAAU